AUGGGUCUUGUUCCGUCAGGCUUUCAAAGUAGUGGGCUUGGUGAGUCCCACGCCAAGGUCUCCAAACAGUAUUGGAGUGCCCAGGGAUUCAGUGCAGCCUUCCAUAGUCGUGGGAUGGGGUUGCCACCAGAACGGGGAAUCUUCCACAGCUCCUGUGACCGAGCCAAUGUUCACUCUGUCCCCUGGUUCCAACCCCAGGUUCAUAUUCAAUACCCACUCCCAGUCCUACCAUUCAGUCCUAUACCCUAGAUUAGGGUCUGUGGAGUGUAUUUCCAGAAUGAAUCAGACUGUCUCACCUCAUCUGAAAUUCAACAGCUGGAAUGGAAUGUGUUGUAGAAGCAACAUGAAAGUUUGUGGGGUUUACCUACUGUGGUGCAAAGAUCUCAGGAAGAAUGCCCAUGUUUAAUCUCCAUUCUUCCUGUUGUGUUUCUUCUCAGCAGUGAAUUUAGGGAGAAACGAAAACGUCACUUUGGGAAGAGGCUCUUCCAACACCAGUGGGGCCUGCUCUGCAGGAUCCAUGUGUCUCUGUCACUGAUGAGGCCUCUGAGAGUUUGCUCAGAGAUAUCUGUGUCAAAGAGCAGAUAUUGCCUCUCAUGCAUCUCCAUGAAUAAGGGUCAAAGUAGCAACCAUCUAAAUAACCUGAGCAAGAACUUUGAGGAAAUCAAUGAGGGUCGGCUCCCUGUGACUGUGCAUAGUUCAUGGCAUGUUAUCCAGCAGACAUUUUCUGUGCAAUCCCACACCGAAAUAAAACAGAGAAGUUUGGUACCAUGAGUGGGAAGGGAAAACUGCCUGAACACGUGCCAGGAGCUUUCCUUCCUUGAGUCAGUGCUGGAAGCCCAUAUUACCAAGUUUCAUUUGAGGAGGAUGUGGGGCCUUCCUACCAAUGUCCUUGAACCUAGGGAGAGCAUUAAAUUGAACCUCCCAGCAAAAUUGUCAGUUCUCCAAGAUCUUAAAUCAGAAGACCCUCAGAAGCAACUACUUUCUGAGAUAAAGUGGAAGCUGGAGAACAGGAAGCAGUGCCAGGCCCAAGGCCAACACACUCACAUGUCCCAUGCCUCAGACAGCUUGACUUACAAAGCCUCCCUGACUCAUGCUCAGGGUGUCUCCAGUGUGGACAGGGCAGCUCCCCAGGUGCUGCAUGUCCAUUUGGGGAACACAGGAGUCAGUAUGGAGCAGCCACAGGAUCUGUGGGUCCCUAAGAAUAUCUCAAGGUUGUGCCAGGAUAAGAAUUUCCCACCUGCUGCAAAGGUGAGGCCCACAGGCUCCACAUCAGAAGAGCUUGGUGGAGGGAAUGCUGGGUUGGGCACAUCCCAACCUGGAAGGAAGAGAUUUCCAACUCAGGACCUGCCAUUAAAGGAGAGGCUCAGGAGCAAGUCUCCCCAGAGCCCAUCAGAGAAGGCACAGUCUCCUCCUGAAAGCCUGUUCAGAAAUCAAAUGAACCGGAUUUUUCAAUGGCUUUAUCCUGAGAUAAAAUGCAAACAGCAAGAAAACUUCCAGGAAAAGGGCAGCCCCAUAUCAUCUGCACAGAGCAGAGGCCCAGUUAAAAGUAGAGCAGACAUUGGGGAUUUCCUAGAGGAGAAACUGGGGCGUCAGCAUGCAGUAGAUAUCACCUGCCCCCAAGAUGAGCCUGUCCAGGGGCGUCUUUUUAAUUCCAGGGCUCUCUCCUGUAAAGUGACAAAUACCAAGUCCUGUGGCCAAGAAGCUGUCUGCAGAGAAAGUUCUGGCAUUAAAGGACCAGCUAUUAUGUCAGAAGCACCCCUAAUUUGUGCCCUGCAGGGACCAUCCUUGCCUGACCUGCAGACCUCCAGCUGCCCAGGGGUCUCCUGUUGCUCUUACCACUGCUGA